UCACAGCUCACACAAGCCCCUUACAAUGAAGGUAACAACCCUUUGAACAUCAGGGCUGGGCUGAGAUCAACAUCCCUGAGGCAUGGCCUCAGCAGUCUGACUCCUGGGCCCCAGACAUGCUGCUGAGGGCGAGUGGCCCAGCCUAACACCGCCCCCCUCCACCCUCAGCGGCAGCACAAGGUGUCAUUUCUUCAGGCCUCCAGGAUGGCCAUCCAGUUCCGUUCACUCUUCCCCUUGGCGUUGCCUGGAAUGCUAGCACUUCUCGGCUGGUGGUGGUUUUUCUCUCGUAAAAAGCAUGUCAGCAGCCAGGACAGACGGGUGGAGGCCAGCGCUGUGGGGCUGAGGGCUGGCUGCUCCAUCACAGAGCCACUUCCCGUGGAGGACCCCUGUCCCAGAGUAGCUUCCACGCCCCCCAGCACUGUACAACCGGCGGGAACGGAGCUGUUGUCCGUGAGCAAGCCUCUCACUGAGACCCCAGCCUUGCUGCGGCCACAUCCAGCCCAUCGCAGGUCAGAGUCCUCAGGCAGCCUUCCUAACAGCACAGACGUGAGAUUUCGGCCAGGAACACACAGAGAUGACAGUACAAAGGUGGAACUAGCCCUGACGGGUGAUGAAGCCAAGUCCAUUCCUCCCGAGUGUCCCUUUUCGACCCCAAAGGGGGUUCCUUUCCCCCACGAAGCAGCCGAGGUGUGCAAGCCAGAGUCUCCAUUCAGUGGGCCAGCAGGGCAGGGCCGGCAGGGCCAGGCUGCAGCUCCCCGAGAGAAGCCAAGAGAGACCGGUGGGGUGGAAGGCACUGGCGAUGCGGUGUCAGGAGGAAACGUGCCGGAAGGGUGUAUGUUGUCCCAGGAGCAGGGCUCUGAAUCGCAGACAGGCAAGGUGCCCAGCCUGGCUCCCUUUGGAGGUGCCGGGGAGAAGGUGACGAGCCUCCCGCCGCAGGCCGAGGAGGGUGCUGUGGGGACGCCAUUGAGCAGCUGCAGGGAGUCAGCCCAUGUGGAGCUGAUGGAGGUCGCCAAACUGCCGGUGCCUCGGGGCAGCGGCACAGCCUGUGAGGCACCCUGUGCAGGAGAGCUGGGCCACGAGGGCGCCUCAGAGCACACCCAGGAGAUGGAGCAGGCUGCCUACCAGAUCGUCUCUAAAGUGAUCUCGGAGGCGACCGAAGAGGUGCUGGCCACCACCGUGAGCAGGAUCGCAGGCCGGCCGUGUCUUUCUUCGGCCGCUCAGCUCCAUGGGCAGCAGGAGGAGAGCUGCGCCCCAGACUGCCGGGAAACCAGCCUGGGGCUGGAUGCCGAGGGGCCUGCUCCAGCCUCUGUGGUGGCUGAGGCAGCCUCGGGCAUGUCAGAUGCUGCUGUCCCCUUACCAGGCCCACCCGCAGAGGACCUGCCACCACCAAAGACCUAUGCCAGCUGCCUGAGCAGCCCUCUGUCCAGCCCCAGCAAGGACAAGAAGCCAAAGAACUCUGCACACCACAUCUCCCUGGCCCCCGGCCCACCGCCCACCACCCCCCAGGGAGAGCUGCUAGAUGAGGCAUGCGUCCUGGUAGAAGAUGCUGGAUGUGUCACCUGCACCUCUGACAGCAGCCAGGAUGUCCCCUCAGUGGUCCCCGAGCAGCACUCAGAUUCCCUUAGCACUUCAGGGCUUGAAGACUCCUGUACGGACACCAACUCAAGCCCCAGGGACAAGGCCAUCAUCCCGCUGCUGCCAGAAAGUACUGUGCCCUUCAGCAAUGGGAUGCUGAAGGGGGAGCUGUCAGACUUGGGGAAUGAGGAUGGAUGGACCGCAGAUGCAGAAGCAGAUCACUCGGGAGGAUCGGACAGGAACAGCAUGGACUCGGUGGACGGUUGCUGCGGCCCCAGGAAGACUGAUGGUCUCCAGAACGCCCAGGCAGGCUCCAGUCCUAAGAAGGUCGACCUCAUCAUCUGGGAGAUCGAGGUGCCAAAGCACUUAGUUGGUCGGUUAAUUGGUAAGCAGGGGCGUUACGUGAGUUUUCUGAAGCAGACGUCUGGUGCCAAGAUCUACAUCUCAACCCUGCCUUAUACCCAGAACGUCCAGAUCUGCCACAUAGAAGGCUCUCAGCAUCAUGUAGACAAGGCGCUGAACCUGAUUGGAAAGAAGUUCAAGGAACUGAACCUCACCAAUAUCUACGCUCCCCCACUGCCAUCACUGGCACUGCCUUCUCUUCCGAUGACUUCCUGGCUCAUGCUCCCUGAUGGCAUCACCGUGGAGGUGAUCGUGGUCAACCAGGUCAACGCCGGGCACUUGUUCGUGCAGCAGCACACGCACCCUACCUUCCACGCUCUGCGGAGCCUGGACCAGCAGAUGUACCUGUGCUACUCCCAGCCCGGGAUCCCCACCUUGCCCACCCCGGUGGAAAUCACGGUCAUCUGUGCUGCCCCUGGCGUGGACGGUGCCUGGUGGAGAGCCCAAGUGGUGGCCUCCUACGAGGAGAGCAAUGAAGUGGAGAUCCGCUACGUGGACUACGGUGGAUAUAAGAGAGUGAAGGUGGAUGCGCUCCGGCAGAUCCGGUCUGACUUUGUGACCCUGCCAUUCCAGGGAGCAGAGGUCCUUCUGGACAGCGUGAUGCCUUUGUCAGACGAUGAGCACUUCUCACCUGAGGCCGAUGCAGCUAUGAGCGAGAUGACAGGAAACACUGCGCUGCUGGCUCAGGUGACAAGUUACAGUCCGACUGGCCUUCCUCUGAUUCAGCUAUGGAGUGUGGUUGGGAACGAAGCGGUGUUGAUAAACCGGUCGCUGGUGGAGCGGGGACUUGCCCAGUGGGUAGACAGCUACUACGCAAGCCUCUGACCCUGCCCCCCACGGCCUCUCCGGAGUCUCUUGCACUGUUGACCUGGGCUUGGCGCUAAGGCAAAGACUUUACACCCGAAUAACAAAUGUCAUCCUCCCCGGAAACUUCUCUUUUUUUGUAUGUCGUCUGAUGCGUCUCUCAGACGGGACUGUGGGCUCUCUCAAAGCCAUAGGAUGGUGUUGAACAAGCCAGUCGGCUGAACCUGGUUCCAUGCCUUUAAAAACAAACAAAAGCUGAAGUAGAAAGGGCGGCCGCCAGGCUGUCCUCCAGCACCUGCAUUCCGCUGCCCGCCCCCCUCCCUCGGCAGGGCCGACCUUGACAGCAGCCGAGGGCCACAGGCUGCCCUGCUUGCUUCAGAGGGUUUCUUUUACUUCACAACCUUUCUUCAGGGAGCAAGACAUGAAGUCACUAAUUGGUAUUGAUUACUUGUACGGCUGACGUAAAUGAAUUUGUGAUGCUUAACCAGUUUUUAUAAACUCCAUCUAGGUCUCUCAGAAGGCAGACUUUUUAAUGCGUAUGUAAAUAGGAAGCAAUCAUACCUCUGGCCUUGGUCCCCGGGGAGGGGAGCUCUUAUCUUGCCAAGCCUGGUUGUAAUUUGUAACCAUUUUCUACUUGUGCAAACUCUGUAAAUAUGUUUAAAAAAAUGUAAUAUUUUGUAUAAGAUACACUGGAGAACAAAGGGAACUCGAGAUUUUUCCACACCCACAUCCUCUGUGAACAGUAGUUACUUCUGCGGACCCGGCCGCCUGCCUGCCUGGGCUGGCACGUCUGGCGGCUUCCUAGGUGCCGGACAGGGUGGCUUUGGGCUGUAGAUUGUGAUCGGGGCUUUUUUUCCCCUGUACAAAUUUGUUAAAAAAAAAAAAAAAAGAAGAAGAAGAAAGGAAAGAAAAAAAACAUUGAAUUACCUUACAGUGGUGUGUUUUGAUUCUUUUUUAGACUCGCUUUAGCUUUGUGCGAUUUAAGAAAGUAACUUAAACUUCUAUAAAUCUUGAAUUGUA